AUGUGGCCGAUACGCUUCGCUGCGGGCGGCGGGCUGCCAGAUGUGCUGCAGUCUUGCGGCAAGGACGAGGAAGAUGUCCAGAUGGUGGAUCUUGCUGAUGAAGGCAAGAGCCACUUCCUGACAGACUCAGAUUCGCCUCAUACGCCGACUCCACGCUCAGUCAGCCUGGAGGUACGCUCCUCGGGUCGGAGCGUCAUCUUCGUCAGGAAUCGAAACUCCAAGCUUCCUCCUUUGUCGCCUUCCUGCGGCGCCUACCAGGGAGACGAGGACUACGCUCUCUUUUUCGGGGAGCACUUCGAUCACCUUUGCAUUGGGGAGGCCAAGAUGCUGAAGCAGCCGGCGCACUUCGACUAUGCUCCGAUCCUUCCGAAUGACAAGGCUCAAGUGCGCAGGACCAUGCUUGACCGGAUAGUGCCUGGGCCUUGGUGGUGUGGGGGAGCGACAUGUCUUGGCAAGUCGAUGGUACACUUUACACACCAUGCAGUAUGUGGCUAA